UUUAUUAUCAUCCUUACGAAACUUCUGGUCUUGUUUGGCCAAAAAUCUUCCAUCGAAUCAUUGUUGGCCUUUAUAUAUAUCAGCUCAUGAUGAUAGGAUACCUGUCUUUAAGAAAAUGUAGAUACAUGGCACUCAGUUUGACUCCUCUUCUUGUUAUUACAGCAAUAUUCUAUUAUUAUGUAAAUGAAGCAUAUGCCCGUAAUGCUGCCUUCAUUCCGUUAAAGACUUUAACCGAAGAAGGCACUGAUGACGAUUCAUCUUCCAUGCCUUCCACUAGCGGUAAAAUGAAUAUUCGGUCAGAUAUUGAAAUUUAUCAUGCGGAUCCAGAGUUGUACACAGAUUAUAGUCAACCACCCAUGACUUUAUACAACGGCGUACUCAAUACUGGAAUGCGGAAUUAUGGCGCCCCAGCAUUAGUAGGGGUACUUCCUUGGUUAUGGCUUCCAGUUAAGGGAGACAAUACUAAUGAAAUGAAUAAGCCCGGAUUUUUCCGUCGUUUAUUAGGUUUCAAUAACAAGAGUAAGCAGCCUAAUGACGAGGAACGUGAACCAUUAUUAAGUGAAUCGACCGAAUCAGAAACUGUUCAGCGCGCUAAUGCUAAAAUUUUAGAAGAAAAACACAAGGCACUAAAUGAUCUUAAAAAUCCGCACAUAUAUUAUCCACACCCAGAACGUCUUAGAUUAAAUGAUGAUAAUAUAAGCGAAAGUAGAAAUCAUGCAGCGAGUGGUUCAGGAAGUAACUCGACAUAA